CCCCGAUUCCUGUGUUGGGAAUGCGCCGGGCACGAACAGACGGGCCCACCGGGCAGUCCAAACCGAAACUCGGUUAUGACCCGCGACGGGAAGUUCGUGGAACGGCCCGUCAGCAGGUGCAAAGCGUGGCCUACGCGGGGCACCAGGAGAUCGGUAGAGAGGCGGGCCCGUAUACGUGCAGAGGUGGAUCAAAGCACGGCAGGUAGGAGUGUGAGGAGGAUCUUUGUCAGGUUGUUUGGCGGAGGAGCGGGAGCAGGACCGCGAGCAGCGGGAGGAGUGGGAGGAGCAGCAGGAGGAGGAACGGGAGGAGGAGCAGGAGGAGGAGCGGGAGGGAAAAUGGGAAGGGACGGAGGAGGCGAGGAAGGAGGAGUGGGAGGAGGGGGAGGAGCGGGACGAGGAGCGGAAGGAGUGGGAGGAGGAGUGGCAGGGGAAACGGGGAGGGGGCUAGGAGCAGGAGAAGGAGCGGGAUCUCAACAGCAUCUGCUCUGGAUCCUGCUCCCCCUGGCGCUUAUACGAGAUGAGGCAGCCACAGGAGGAGGAGCAGGAGCAGGAGGAGCGGCAGGGGAAACGGGAAGGAGGUUAGGAGCGGGAGGGAAAACUGGGAGGGGGUUAACGAACGUGAGGAGGAGCGGGAGGGGAAACAGGAAGGGGCGGAGGAGGCACAGGGGGAGCAGCGGGCGGAAGGAGCAGGAGGAGGAAAGGGCAGCGGGAGAAGGAGCGGGAGAAGGAGCGGGUGAAGGAGCAGAAGGAGGCCCAGGAGGAGGAGGAAGAGCGGACGAGGAGCAGGAGGAGGUGUGGGAGGAGCGGGAGGAGCAGGACGAGGAUGGGGGGGGAGCAGGAGAAGGAUGCGGAGGAGGAAGAGGUGCAGCAGGGGGAGGAGGAGGAGGAGGAGCAGUGGGAGGAGGAACAGGAGAAGGAACGGCGGGAAACGGGGAGCGGGAGUUGACAAACGCGCGGGAGGACGAGGAUGGGGAGGAGCAGGAAUGGGAUGGGGAGGAGGAAGAGGAGCAGCAGGGGGGGGAGGAGGAGGAGGAGCAGCAGGAGGAGGAAAAGGAGAAGGAACGACCGGAAACGGGGACCAGGAGUUGACAAAUGUGCGGGAGGUGAAAACCGUUCCACACACAUAUCACAUCACUUCUAUUACUGACAUCGUUUGUUCCGUUCCUAGUAAAGGCUUCUUUUUCGC